AUGUGGUACUUGGUAGCUUACUUGCACUGGAGUGCUACCAAUUUAAAAUUCUUGACACCUAAGUACUUGGAUUUUUACUUGAAAAUUUACAUGUACAACGUGCAAGAAAUUGGCCAAACUAACUUUCUAUCAACGACGACCUCCAUAUUAGACGUGAGUGAAGCUUCAUCAGAUUGGGGAAGAGAAUAUGAGGAUGAAGACACCUGGUUCGAAUGCCCCAUAGAUUAUCAAACAGGACCUGACACUCAUCUCUUUCCAACACGUGAUGUUGCAUUGUCCUUGAGGAUGGCCAAAUACAGAAGAUCAACAGGAAUGCAACAGUAUAGUGAUGCAGUGUUGCCAUCUUCAUCGAGACGAUCUAGUAUUAAAGCAAAACGAAGGAAUGUUCGCAAUUUAGAGAAAGAGCAAAUGAAUGCUGAAGACUUCUGGGAACUUGAUGUCCGUCAUGAUAAACCUUAUCGACAUAUGAUGACCACUAACAGGAAUGGAUGGAAUUGUCCACGACUCAGAGCGUAA